AACUUAGUGUGUGAAGAAGAAGAGUAGCCCGGGGUGGCUAGUUGUGGUGUAGAGACAUGUUAGAGAACUGACAGUAAUGCUAACUUGUCCGCAGUAGUUAGGGAGUUAUCAAACAGUGUCUGGGAGCUUACAGGAAGGAUUUUAGAGCACGGAACUUCGCCAGGUGGCCCGUGUUGAGGGUUGUCGAACCGGUCAAACGUAACCGAGCUCAGACCUUUUGAUAUCUGACAACCGCUGGUUAGCUAGCAUUAGCUGGCUAGCUGGGGAGCUCCCGAAAAGUAACGUCAGGGCUCGUCUCACACAGUCAUGUCUGCGGCCGGAGACUUCGGGAACCCUUUAAGGAAAUUUAAAUUGGUCUUUCUCGGGGAACAGAGUGUGGGAAAGACUUCGCUGAUCACCAGGUUCAUGUAUGACAGCUUCGACAACACUUACCAAGCCACAAUAGGAAUAGAUUUCCUGUCGAAAACAAUGUACCUUGAAGACCGAACAAUCAGGUUGCAGCUGUGGGACACGGCGGGGCAAGAGCGGUUUCGUAGCCUCAUCCCGAGCUACAUCAGAGACUCUGCUGCUGCUGUCGUGGUGUACGACAUCACAAAUGUCAACUCCUUCCAGCAAACCACAAAAUGGAUCGAUGAUGUGAGAACGGAGAGAGGAGGUGAUGUCAUCAUCAUGUUGGUGGGAAACAAGACAGACCUUGCAGACAAAAGACAGAUAACCACAGAGGAGGGAGAGCAGAGAGCGAAAGAGAUGAAUGUUCUGUUUAUUGAAACGAGUGCAAAGACAGGCUACAAUGUCAAACAGCUUUUCCGGCGUGUUGCAGCCGCCCUCCCUGGCAUGGACAACACACAGGACAAGAGUAGAGGGGACAUGAUUGAUGUAAAGCUGAUGGAUAAGCCACCAGAGGUACCUGCCAACGAUGGAAGCUGUUCCUGCUAAUGCCAGCUCAUGUCAUUGCUUGAUAUUUCUCUCCUGGCUUUUUAUCAAACCCAGUUGGUUUUUCUGUAUCUGUACCUUUUCACUGCACCCAUUUCUGUCCCCCAGCCUGAAGGAGCUCACACACUACAGCCGUUAUACUCGUUAUAGAAAGAAUUGCUCUGAAAGGACUCUCUGAAAGUCACAAAUCACUCACAGUGAAUAUUUGCACUGUAACACACGCAUACGAUGAAACUGUACUCACAGCUGUCACUCUCACAGUGCUGUAGUUUGUGUCUGAAGAAGACCGUUUGAACCAAACUGAAAACAUGUGUUUAGGACAUCAAUCAAAGUAUGUGUUGAGUGAGAAUAUUCUUAAAAACAAAGUUAAAUAUUGCUUUAAGCUUAAUACGCACAAUGUUAUGCGUAUUUGUCAGUAAACUUAAUUUGUGCUGUUGCAAUUGACGUGAAAGGAUUCAUUCAUGAAUCUGUUCUUUUGUUUUAACUGGAAUCAUUUGUGGACAAGGUUGCAGAGUUGUGUUGAGGUGAAUCAAUCGGGGCUUACGUUGACACGUUUAAUGCACCCCCACGGUGCCAGAGCUCCUUUUAAACAGAGCGAGCUUUGUGGAGCCUGUACCAGCAGAGUCCCACUUCUCCCAACAUGCACCAGCAAGAACCGACAAGUGAAUACAGAGUCGCACAUCACCGCCUGGUCUCAGACCAGCACAAACACACGACACUACAAGACCAACACUACCGCUACACCCUCCACAUUACCGUCCUUCCUCUCUUCCCACACUUCCCUUGAGAUGGGUUAUGUUUACCGUGGCUUCCAUUUUCUAUUACCUUUUUAUUUGAAUAGAUCUUUAAUUUUUUUUUUUUUUUUUUUUUUUUUCUAAAGACUACAGAUAUCAUAGAUUAAAACUAUUUCUUUGAAGAUAGUGUUCGAGAAGGAUGUUCUCGUAUGUUAAGAGUCAUAAUCAUGAAACCCACUGUAAACAUUAGAUAUGGAGAUAUAUGCCUUUUGGAGUUCAAUUGUAGAGGGCUUCCUUGGCUUUGGGUUUAUAUAGUUAAGUUUGGUAUGUUUGAUGAACACUUCACAUGCUUUUUUUUUUUUUUUUUUCUUUUGCUUGUUAAUUUGUUGGUAUUGAUCUUUUGUUAGUGAUUAUUCCACAUGUGUAUUUAAUCCACAAUGACUUGUAAUAUUUAUUUCAAUUGGAUUCAUAUUUCUUUCUUUUUUUAUGGCUGUUAAUAUCUACACUUUUGGUGCAAGUACUGAAUCUCUAAUAGAAUAUGCAUCCAUCUGGAUCACCUUUAGCAGACAGGAGGGAGCCUCUGCUGUUCCCUCUAAAUGGCAAUUUGAUCUUACUGAUAAAUACAGUGCAAUUUUUGUGUGAACUUAUAUGGAGGAGAGUCUGAUUUGUAUGGCAUAGUAGCCCCUAACGUCUCUGUCUGGAAUGGUUUUAAAUGAAAAAAUAAAAACACACUUGUCACUUC